CUUGGCCCUACCCUUCUAGGAGAAUGGGCAUGGCAGAAAUGAGGUGGGGAGGCCCCUAAGAGCUAGAGCCCUGGGACCCAGGCACUGGUGCCCUGGCAGCUCCUGGGACCAUGUGGGUGCAGAGGUCUGGCCCCAGGGUGCUUGGAGCCUGCCUCUCCCACCUGGCCUGGCCCAGCCCUGUGGCCUGGAAGCCUGACCCACUCUCAAGCCUUGGCCGAUGGCCCCCCCCACCCCAGCAGCUGGACCCUGAGCACACAGGUUUCAUCGGUGCGGACACCUUCACUGGCCUGGUGCACAGCCAUGAGCUGCCCCUGGACCCGGCCAAGCUGGACAUGCUGGUGGCCUUGGCCCAGAGCAACGAGCGGGGCCAGGUCUGCUACCAGGAGCUGGUGGACCUGAUCAGCAGUAAACGCUCAAGCAGCUUUAAGCGGGCCAUCGCCAAUGGACAGAGGGCACUGCCCCGGGACGGGCUGCUGGAUGAGCCAGGCCUGGGUGUCUACAAGCGGUUUGUGCGCUACGUUGCCUACGAGAUCCUGCCCCGAGAGGUGGACCGCCACUGGUACUUUUACAGACACCGCAGCUGCCCACCCCCCGUGUUUAUGGCCUCAGUCACCCUUGCCCAGAUCAUCGUGUUCCUGUGCUACGGGGCUCGUCUCAACAAGUGGGUGCUGCAGACCUACCAUCCUGAGUACAUGAAGAGCCCCCUCGUGUACCACCCUGGCCACCGCGCUCGAGCCUGGCGCUUCCUCACCUAUAUGUUCAUGCAUGUUGGCCUGGAGCAACUAGGGUUCAACGCGCUCCUGCAGCUGAUGAUUGGGGUGCCCUUGGAGAUGGUGCAUGGUCUGCUCCGCAUCAGCCUGCUCUACCUGGCCGGUGUGCUGGCAGGCUCCCUGACUGUCUCCAUUACCGACAUGCGGGCCCCUGUGGUGGGGGGCUCUGGUGGGGUCUACGCCCUGUGCUCGGCACACCUGGCCAACGUCGUCAUGAACUGGGCUGGGAUGAGGUGUCCCUACAAGCUGCUGAGGAUGGUGCUGGCCUUGGUGUGCAUGAGUUCCGAGGUGGGCCGGGCCGUGUGGCUCCGCUUUUCCCCACCACUGCCUGCCUCAGGCCCCCAGCCCAGCUUCAUGGCACACCUGGCAGGUGCAGUGGUAGGGGUCAGCAUGGGUCUGACCAUCCUGCGCAGCUAUGAGGAACGCCUGCAGGACCAGUGUGGCUGGUGGGUGGUGCUGCUCGCCUAUGGUACUUUCCUGCUUUUUGCCAUCUUCUGGAACAUCUUCGCCUACGACCUGCUGGGCGCCCACAUCCCUCCACCACCCUGAUGGGCUUCCCAGGGCCACACGGGCCAGGGCACAGGUGUAUGUGGGCUGGCCACCAGGCGAGUCUGCAUGUCCACCCUCUGUGAAUGUACAUCUCAAGACUGCUUCUCCUCUGUGGGGGGCAGGUGGCCCCUGUAACUCACUGAGUCCAGGCCAAGCCUUACAUCAGCCCUGGCCGCCCCCUCCCAGGCAUGGGGAGGUAGGACUGCCUAGCCAGGCAGGGGAGGUCCCCAGGUGUGGCCCCAGAGGAGACCCUGCUCUGGCCUCUCCCCCACGAUUUGCGGUCUGAGCCUUUUUGGAGAAUGAAUAAAUAUUUUACACUGCA